CAAACUCGCACCGAGAUGCCGGAUGCCUCAAAGGCCGAAAAGCUUGGAAGGAAUGGUUGGCUUUCGCUGGCGCCCUGGCCAAGGCUUAAAAUAUGGGGUCCUGCUUUGGUGAUUUUUGCCUGUGUGGCCGCAGCAGCAGUGACGCCGGCUUGGCCAGUUUGGUUUUGGUACCAUCCUGCAGCAAUGUUGCUUGGUUAUGUUGCUUUGAUGGGCAAUGCUGUUUUGGUGAAGAAAAUUGGUGGCCUCCGAGCAACGAAAAUCCACGGAUAUUUGAUGGGCGCCGGAAGCAUAGUCACAGCCUUUGGCUGGUACGUGAUAUAUUCCAACAAGGAGGUCAAUGGAAAGCCUCACCUCACAACGUGGCACGGAAUUUCAGGCUUGUUCAUCCUUCUCGGGACCUACUGCUCAGCAGUCGCUGGGGCAGGGCUUCUCGACCCACACAUCGGGAUGAUGAAGGCAUCCAAAACUGUUAGAUACUUCCACAGCAAUGGCGGAAGAAUUCUUCUUGCCGCUGCUUUCGCCUGCUGUGUCUUGGGCUGGUCCACAGUACAGAAGCAAGCACUGCUGCCUGUGGUCCUUUUUACAAUCCCUGUCAUGAUCUUUAUGAAGGUAUUGAUUUGAUGGAAGUCCUACCAGUGCUGGCCUGCAACCUGACGGGCCGUUUGUACAAAGAGUGGUCACAACAUGUCACAACUGAGUGGCGUUCCGGUCGAAGAACAUGCUCAGUGAGAGCAUAUGAGAGCAGAUGCAAAGAUUAUGCAGCCAUGCCUGGCCAUGCUUUCGGCCUAGCUGGCUUGGCUGGGCGGUCGCACUAGUCGCCUGGCUUGACGAUCCAUUGGCAGUGAAGUUGCAGCAAAAGAAAA